UAGUGACUUCAAAACACCAAAAUGAUUAACUGUUCAUAUUCUGUCUUCUGAAUUGUCGACUUUAAAGCUCUAAAAAAUAAUAAUUUCAACAUGGGGAGUUUUAUGGGGAGCAUUAUUUGAAAUACUGAAGGUAGCAUGUGCGGAGACGACCGCUAGAGGGCGGCAAUGCUAGAAAUAUAGCCUGAAAUUAACAGUUUUAAUAAUUCUGCUUUGCGUCUUCACACGUGUCCUUUGUCUUUCCUUUACCAAAAAGUACGACUUCACAGACAUUUUUCGUCAGUGUUAUUAUGUAAGUGGAAAACUGUUGAAUUUACAGGCUACAGAAGAGCGAAAAAACGAGGGGGGAUAUUUUUAAUUGGUAACGUGCACAGGUAAUUGUUCCAUUCUGUCUCAGCGUCUGCUCGGGAUGUCACGAGAGGGAUUCCCCACCACAGCGAUGUGUGGGCGACCAGUUUCACAGAAAAUGUGCCCCAUUGCUAAACAUCUCCCUUUUGAACUUCUUGAAAGCCCGCCAGGCCCCUCCCCCUUUCAGUCACAAAUCAAGAUGUGAUAAGGUUAAAGAAAAAGACCGAGAGCCUGAAAACAGAUUUCAGCCGAGGAGCUCAGGUGAUCAGAGAUGAACCUGGAUGAGGACAGCGGACUGUCAGUCAGCUGUGGCAACGGCAAACUGAGGCAGUGGCUGAUUGAUCAGAUUGACAGCAGAAGAUAUCCCGGCCUGAUUUGGGAGAAUGAUGUCAAAUCCAUUUUCAGGAUCCCGUGGAAACAUGCAGGAAAACAGGAUUACAACAGAGAGGAGGAUGCUGCGCUAUUCAAGGCAUGGGCAUUGUUUAAGGGAAAAUAUAAGGAAGGAGUGGACAAGCCAGACCCCCCCACAUGGAAAACUAGACUACGCUGUGCUCUCAAUAAAAGUAAUGACUUCGAUGAGAUAGUGGAAAGAAGUCAACUUGACAUCACAGAUCCCUACAAAGUCUACAGAAUCAUUCCAGAGGAAGCUAAAAAAGGGAUGAAGAUGAGCAGCAUGGAGGAGACACCGUCACAUGUAAACACACAUGGUUAUAUUCCUGCAUAUACAUCUCUACACAACCAGGGACCUGGGUUUAUGCUCUCUCAAGAGAGAAGAGACUGGAGGGAUUACUCACCACCGGAGCAACAGCCUGUUCCUCAUCCACAUCACGCUGGGCCUCAUACAGAGGUGCAGUUUGGUCAGAGCCACUACCCGUCUGCAUUCAGCAGGGCCUGGCCUGGGUCUCAUACAGAGAAUGAGUCUCAACCGGCCAUGUACACACAGGACCACAACAACGCCAUCACAGAUUUCAGCUUGCAUGUGUCCCUUUACUACAGAGAAUCUUUAGUGAAGGAGGUUACCACCACCAGCCCAGAGGGUUGUCGAAUAACCUCCUCCUCAUCCCCGUCCUCAUCCUCCCCCUCUUCCUCUUCUUCUCCGCGCUCAGAGGACGAGUUUCACAGCGGGGCGGAGGUCAUCCUUUUUCCUUACCCAUACCCUGAGUCUCACCGGCAGGGGGCUGAGAUGCUGCCAAACAUUCUAGAGAAGGGGCUGCUUCUGUGGAUGAUGCCUGAUGGAUUGUACGCCAAACGUCUCUGCCAGGGUCGAGUGUACUGGGAAGGACCUCUGGCUCCAUUUUCAGAUAAACCCAACAAGUUGGAGAAGGAGCAGCCGUGCAAACUGCUUGACACCCAGCAGUUCCUUAUUGAGCUUCAGGAAUUUGUUCAUACCGGCCGGCACUUACCAAGACAUCAGGUGGUGCUGUGCUUUGGAGACGAGUACCCCGAUCCACAGCGUCCGAGGAAGAUGAUCACAGUGCAGGUGGAGCCAGUGUUUGCAAAAAAGCUGGUGUACUUUUAUCAGCAGAACAAUGGCCACUACCUGCGGGCUUAUGAUCACGUCCAGGAACACAACAUACCUCCAACCAUCGACUAUCCCACCCAGAGACCUCUGCAACACAUUCAGGAGUAACAACCCCCAUACAACCAGAUAUACACAGACACACACACAUGAACACACAGACGCAGAAGGGCAUGAAUGUGAACAUAAACCACUGCCCUUUAUCCCACCUUGUGCUUGCCGUGCUGUAUACUGUAAAUGUUAGAAGAAACUGUAAUGGUACAGAGGGGUAGAGAUGGGGAAGACCCUGGUGUCUUCAAUUGCACACCUUUGCAUUGUACUCUUUGUAUCUGUGACUGUGGAGUGUUGUGUUUUUCUUCCUCUACAAAUAAUACUGUGUGAAGGAUGCGGUUUGAGGGUGGGGUGUGGGGGGGGAUGAGGGGAGCAGAGGGCGACUGAGGCAGGAAGUACUCGCACAGGUGCACAGGAAGAAUGGCCCCUAAGACGAACAUGCAUAUGUCAAAGGGACAAGAGUAUGAAUGAACUUUUAUUGCAUUUUAACUGGUACUGAUUGUCUGUGACAUUGUUGCACUCCUAACUCUGAAGGAGCACUCAGAAUAAUCAGAAUCUGCAUGUUUGAGCUCAGUUGAAGCAGCUUUGUCUUUGAUUUAACUCUUGCUUUUAACCUAAAUGGGAUAGAGCUACGACUGAAUGCGAGAAACAUUGAUGUUAACACGGGUCAUGUUACAUAUUAGACUAAUUCUAAUUCUUUAUACCUUAGCUACAAUAUGUAUGCAAGAGCGCACUGACAAAAAUCAACAUUGUAUGAAAUGGGCUCUUAAAAUAGGCUCAAAAACAGAAGGUUGUUGGUAAUGAAGAUGAAUUGCACUUGUAGAAGAUGAUUAAUCAAACCGGCAAUGGAUUUUUUUUGUUUCAAUUCGACAGUACUCUCAAGUUACCAUGUUUUUUUCAAUGUGUAUCUAAUGUUUUAUUGCAUAAGAAAUCAAACUUGUGAUUGAAUGCUUUUCAAACAUUUUUGUUGUGGGUUGAGAUAAGGGCAAAGCAAUCAACUGCCUAUUACUGGUUCCUAGCCUGGUGCUCAGGGCACCUUAAGGUAAUUUGUUGCAGAAAAUUGUGUGAAUGAACAUUUCUUUCUUUCUUUGCCUUGUAAAAUACUGGCUAGUUUCGUCGCUUUUUUUCAUGACACAAUCUCUGUUGAUUUUUAAGUUAAAACUCAGGGUCUGUGAGUAAAACUAUCUUCUUUUUUAGCGCCCUCAAAGUGAAAAAAAAAAAGGCUGGGGACCAAUACACCUCAGCACGUUAACAGAGAGUAGCCUUGGCUUUAAGUUCCCCUAACUAAAUAGAAAUAGAAACAGAAGCUGGAAUAAUCAAUUUCAUCCUCUAACUUGCAAGGAAACUGUUCCUCUUUAUCUGAAAGUAGCGACCCUUGCAAAUGGGAAGGAAAACUACCUUUGCGGUCAACAUACAAGUUUGGUUAAGGAGGAGCACUCAGUUUCCCAUGCCAGACAUACCACACAGGUUCUCUUACUGGAUGUUCUAUCCACAGAAAAGCUUUUGUAAGGUUCUAACAGCUGCAAGGAUCCUGUAUAUACCACAGGACAAAAACCGAAUUCCUCAUGCUGUUGAAGUCCUAACGGCUGGUGCUGCAGUAGAAGGCAUACAGAUCUGUUUGUGUUCUGUGGUCCAGAGUUUCAAUCUCUGCAAGUACUUCCCUCACACUUGCACCACAUCACUUUCACAAAGUCUGACCAAACUAACAGGCAGGAAUUGUUGUCUUUACCUCUUUUGUGUCUGUGAGCCACAGAACCCCCCGAAAUAUCUGGUUAAUCCCCCUGAUUCUGUGAAAUAUUUUCCCAAUACACGACUUCACUUUUAAAUGUUUGAUGCCAAAAAUCAAACUCUUAAAGUGUUCCCUUGGGUAAGGUAUGAUGUUAAAUUCUGGUGCAUAUGUGUGUGUGUGGGUUCAUGGUGUGUACAAGUUGCACUAUGACUGUUAUAAGGAAUUGACAUUUAUAAAAUCAGGUGAAAACAUGCAACUCCCCCACCUACAACAGCAGUGACACAAACACAGACACACACACCUUUUUCACUUCACAUUUACAGUAACAGUAAAACAUUUGGAGCAGGCUAUAAAGAAACCUUUAAAAUAAGUGUACAUAUUGGUAUUUUGUGCAGUACAUCUGAUGACUGAUGAUUGAAAAGACUGAAUUAUUAAGAUUUUGAUUUAUGUAACAAUGCCUUAUGGAUAAAUGAUUUAUUUUGAUCAAUUCGCUCAUUGUCACUCUCUUACGUCUCAUGUCUUCUGCGCUACUUUGUCAUUUUAGUGAAAUAAAGACAAAAAAAAGCA